AUGCGAUGCUCGCUGGACAGCAGCAUGGUGUCGCGGCUGCUGGAGUUCCCUCAAGCGGUGAAGACCCUGGAGAGGAGCCUCUUGAACUUAGAGCAAAGCAUCCAUGACUUGGACGCGGAGAUGAAGCCUGAGGACAAAGCUGCGGCUGUCUCUGCGCCCGCGCAGUCGGCGCCGGCGAGCGCGGCGCGCGCCGCGAGCCCCAGCACCAGUUCUGCGCCGGAGCCGCGCUGGCGAAAGGACCGGCGCUGCGGCAAGAACGCGCCUCUACCAGACGGGAAGCCUUCCGAGUGCGAUCCCACAGGAGAAUUCGCCUGUUGCUCGGCCAUGGGCUGGUGCGGGGGCUCCAAGCAGCACUGCAACUGCAAAAGCUGCGUGAACUACAGGGAGCAGUAUGUGACCCAACUGGGCCAUGGCGUCGCGGCCUUGCCGCCGAUGCCGCCGAGGGACGGGCACAAGGGCCGCACGGUGCUGCUGGUGAUCCCGUUCCGGGACCGAGAGUCCCACCUCAAGCUCUUCAAGCAGUAUUGGCGCUGGUUCGCGGAGCAUGGCCGGAACCCGAAGACAGUGCAGCGCUGGGUGGUCUACGUGUCGGAGCAGUUCGAUUCCCAGACCUUCAACCGGGGCUGGAACUUCAACACGGCCCUGGCAAUCGCCUCCGCCCAAACCACCGCCUCUGCGGACAUCAAGUCUGAGAUGGGCAUGGACUUUGAUUGCGCCGUCAUCCAGGACAUCGACUACCUGCCGGAGAAGGGCGUGGACUACGGGGACUGCGAGGUGCCGAUGCAGCUCAGCGCGGAGAUCGACAGAUACAACUGGAAGACGCCAUACCUUACCAGCGCAGGUGGCAUCGUUGGAAUGAGCUUGCGCCAUUGGCGCAAGAUCAACGGCUUCGGCAACAAUUACUUCGGCUGGGGCGGGGAGGACGACGAGCUUCACCACCGGCUGCGCUUGAACGGGUUGCUGUAUGGGGACUGCUACCCCUACUGCUCCAAGAACGACGGCAACGUGGGGAAGCCGGGCCAGUCCAUCAAGAGGCCCAAGAAGGGCUUCGGGCGCUUCAGCGGGAAGUUCAUGCACAGCGCCAACCACACCAAGAGGAUCACCGACAGCCGCGCCUAUAGCCGGAACUUGGAGCAGCUGAAGGAAAUCGGUUCCGGGGGCAACCGAUGGAAGACCGACGGCCUCAAUAGCCUGGCCUUUAGCAUUGUGGAUUCGCAGGAGGAUGCGGCAGAUGAAGAGAAGUAUGGCAUCACCUAUCGCCACAUCAAGGUGAGGCGAGGGAAGAAGCCAUUCCAUGUCCGAGACGUGCCCAUGGCCAUCCCCCCUGGAUUCUGCAAAUCCACAGUGCCCGAUGGGUGGAUUCUGAAAAAGCUGGGCGACGGGCCCAUCCCCUGGGACCUCGAGGGCCUGCGGCAGCGCGCCGCGGCCUUCGUCGGGGCGGAGUGCCCGGGCGCUUCGAAGGCCAACUUCUUGCUGGUGGACAGGCGGCAGCAGGUAGCAAAGAUUUUCGACAAGAGCAUGGAGCGCAUGCUGGUGGUCUACCUGCGGUCUUUGGGCAGUGCCAUGGAAGAUGCCCUCAUCGUGGCUGACCCCCGGCCUGGACCGGAGAUUCUCAAGGCCUUCCAGGACACCCACGCCUUCCGGGACCCCCCCACCUUCUACUGCGUGUGCACCUCCAAGCUGAAGAAGGGGGGUCCCAAGUACAGCGUUCACCAGGGCGAUCACUGCAGCGGCGGAGGAUGGGACGCGGUUCCUGGGGGCCUCUGGCGCGGCUAUGCAAAUCCGAAGCCCGGCACUAAGGCGGUGACUUGGUGCGACAACGAGAAGCACUGGACGCAGGUCCUGGUGAAAGGCACCAGCUGCCCCGAGACCUGGUCGGGCCUCAAGUGGAUUGUGGGGGGAACCUUCUACGUGAAGGAGGGCACCUCCUUCUGCGCGGGUACACGGAAGGUGGACUCGGAGGAGAUGUCUUUCUCACGGCUCCUGGCCAAGAAGAGUUGCUCUGGAGACGGCUUCACCCACGAGCUCAACUUCGACCCUGUGGCAGAGCCCGAGCCGGUGGCGAGCCUUGGCAUUUGCAUAGGGCAAGACGCGUCACGGCAAAAGUCCCGAAUCUCGAUGCAGGACGACUGCGACUCGGGGGAGUUCACCCACGUGGCGCGUUUCGCGGCGCGCCGCGCCAAGUUCGCGCUGCAGAGCGACCGCCUCUUCUGCGUGCCGAACGCGGCGGGGGACGUGAUCCGGGCCGAGGGCCGCUGCACGGGCACGGAGGGCUUCGACUUCGCGCUGCCGGUGGACCACGAACAUCCAGUCUCAGAGAUCCACCCGGAUCUGGCCAAGGAGUUGCGCCUCUGCGUGGGCUUCCGCGAAGGCAAGGACAAGCCCUCCAUCGGGGUGGACCAGCAAUGCGACAGCCUCCAGCGUCUCAGUGUGGACUUUCAAGCGCCCUCGCUGCUGGACGUGGCGGCGUCGAUGCCAUCGGCGCACGCCAAGACGGCGCCGCUCUUUACCAUCGUGGAGGAGGAGGCCGGGAGUCCAGCCUGA